AUGAGGAUUGAGUUAAUGAAUAGUUGCAAUGUGCGAGACUACCGCAACGUUCACGAGCUAAUCAAGAAGGCUGCUGAGCAGGAAGCAGGGUUAGAGGAAGAAUGGAAGCAGAACCAGGCCUCCCAGAACCUGGGAGUCAAACAGACCCGGGACACAGCGCCGUCUGGACAGGUCGCUCCGGCAAGGCCUCAGUGUCGGAGGUGCGAUCGGAACCACUCCGGAGAGUGCCGGGUGGGCGUGUUCUAUAAUUGCGGGCAACCCGGGCAUGUCUACCGAGACUGCCAGAAUGAAAGACAAGUGCGACCGAGUAGAAUCCGAUGUUACCGUUGCAACCAGGAAGGACACAUAGCCCGAGACUGCAGAGUGCAGCUAGGAGGGAACGCAAAAGGAGCACCACCUCAACAGCAGAGGGAACCAGCUGGAAGACCACGCGCUUACGUGGCAGAGGCCCUCGAGGGUCCCGAACCGAUUGCGGGAUCCGUCGCGGUCGGGGGAGUGGCGGCGUUCACUCUCUUCGACACCGGAGCAACCCAUAGUUUUGUAAGCCCCGACUUUACUCGGGAGUGGACUUUUUCGGGGAGCUACAACACUCAAGUCGUGGGGGUUGGAACUGCGGGGAAAGAAAAGAUGACGACUAAAGGAAAGUACGGGGAAGUGCCGGUGGUCCUCGCAGGCAUAAACCUACCCGCGGACCUGAUGGAGUUGGAGCUCGGCCGUUACGAAGUGAUAUUGGGAAUGGACUGGUUGGCUCGUCAAAGAGCUGUAGUUGAUUGUGCCAAGGCGUGUGUUUGA